UGGGCACUCCUGACUAGUUGCUGGCCAAGAGACCAAGAGACACCACGAUGGCACGGGUUCAGGAAGGCAACAGCCAAUGUAAAUAUAAGCGAAGGCAGGAACCGUCUCCAAUACUCUUCACAAGUCCGUCCAGAACGUUGUCGUAUCGCCCGCCCAAGUUCUACCUCUAUCUAGCCCUAGAGUCGAGACGCUGGUACGGAUGGAUGUCCGCAUAGGCUCUAAGAUUUCUGGGCGGUCCUUUUCUUUCACGGGACACGGCUAUUAUUUGCCAGAUUUGUUAUGACAACUGGUCUUGUUACCUUGAUGGCGACUCAGAUAGGUGUUUACCCCUUUCAAGGAGUUUGCGGCGGUAGAAAGCGUGAACCAAAAUCAAGCCUCGAUCCCCAGGAAGUUCUGGUGAGCAGAACUACUUAGCCAUGAAGCUGAAGAGCCUCAUCAGCCGUCUCGGUGGGCGAAUCCAAUCUGUCCAAGAAGAAACCUUUGACCUGUUUGCCCAAGAGCUUCCAUCCCAUAACCUCGGCUUCGUCGACUCCAAGUCCCCAGUCCUUGAGCUCAGCAUUGCUGGGCGCGAUCUUACUAUCCAUCAGUCGCCCUCCGUACUGGCUUCGAAUCGAGCGGGGGGUACCACAGGAGCAGUCCUGUGGAAAAUCACCCCGGCUUUUGCAGAAUGGGUCAGCGCGCCAGAUAACAUACUCUUCGCCAGCGGCGCUCUCUCUGAAGGCUCGGCCGUCAUUGAGCUGGGAUGCGGCAUAUCGCCCAUAGUCGGCCUCCUCCUCGCACCCAGGGUUUCCCACUACGUGCUCACGGACCAGCCUUACGUCGCCCGGCUCGUCGAGCAGAACCUCGCGGCGAACAAGGAUCUGCUCCAGGGCCCCGGCAGAGCCGCCAGCCGGCGCAGAUCGAGGGGCACAAGAGCCCCGGAGCGGAAGCCGGCAGCUGGGACCGGCCGCAUCGCCUUCGUGCCGGUCGACUGGGAGCGCGACGAGGUCACGCCGACGCUGGCCGGGGCCGUGGCGGCGCGGAGCUUCGACGCCGUCAUAGCCUGCGACUGCAUCUACAAUGAGGCCCUGAUCGACCCCCUCGUGCAGACCUGUGCUGAUACCUGCCGCUUGCGCGCGGACGACGGCAGCGGCAGCGGCGGGGCGAGCCCGUGCGUCUGCGUCGUGGCACAGCAGCUCCGUGAUCACGACGUCUUCGAGGGCUGGCUGGUCCGGUUCGCCGAGUCCUUCGACGUCUGGCGCGUCCCCGACUCGUGCUUGCCCGAGACCCUCCGGUCGAAUUCUGGGUUUGUUGUACACAUCGGGAUCCUGAAAGGUACGGUUGGGUUAGAUCAAAUGUAGAUGAAAGGUCACGUUUCACGCCUUGACGAGUGUCACUGGGAGUUUUUGGAACGUGUAUCUAUCAUUAUUAGUAUUAUCAUGAUACUCUAGUCAUAUUCUGGCAGGAACGGGCCUUCUUGAAGCUCAUUUGAAACGCCCAGAUCCCGCUGUCUGUUCCCAAUAACCCGGUGACUAUACCAAUUCCCAGGCAGCAAUGCCAACCCAACUCAUCCCGCACUUCCCCUUCUUCCUCAAGAACUCCUCCUUCGUCACUCCCCGCGCCGGCUUGCCAUCCAGCGUGUCCAGGCCAUAGAGCGAUAUCUGCUGUCCCGGAGUGCCGAGAUCCCUCGCCG